AUGCCACGACAGUACAACCAGCCGCCGGAAAUGGCUAUUGACGCCAGCAAGAGCUACAGCGCGACCAUUCGCACCAACCAUGGCGACAUAACCUUGGACCUGCUUCCGUCUGCAGCCCCCAAGACAGUGAACAACUUCGUGUUCCUGGCGCGGGAGGGCUAUUACGAUGGGGUUAUUUUCCACCGGGUUAUUCCGAACUUUAUGAUACAGGGCGGAGACCCGACUGGAACGGGCAUGUCGGGUCCAGGCUACCAGUUUGAGGACGAAUUCGACCCGGCGUUCGGUUUUGACACGCCGGGAAUCCUGGCGAUGGCCAACGCCGGGCCGAACACCAACGGUAGCCAGUUCUUUGUUACAACCGCUCCAACCCCGCACUUGAACGGACGCCACACCGUCUUCGGGCGCGUGACAGAAGGUCAAGCCGUGGCAGACGCUAUCUCAGGCGUCCCCAGGGGGCGGAACGACAAGCCCAACGACCCGGUCGAAAUCAUGGGCAUUGACAUUACCGAGGGCUAA